UUUCCGUACCUGUCUGCCGUGCGCGUGCAAAUAAAGUGCAUCAUUAAAACCGUGGAAAGAAAAUAAGAUGUCCCUCUUGGUCGAUCUCCCCCGAUCGAAAAAACCCGACGACAAGUUUGGCCACGCGAUCGGAGUAAACUUGUUUUCUUGCUCCCUGUUCAUCUCAUGUCGAUGAGUCAGUUGAUCGAUAUGUCUUUCAAUCGAUCUAUAUGCCUAGGGUUUCCGAUGCUUGUUAAUCGAUCCGAAGCUUCAAUAUCGCCCUUCUUGCAUUCUUGAGUUUAAUUUCCUCAAAUUGCUGAGAGACACGAGAAAGAAAAGAUUCUUUAGGAAAGGCAGAGGAUUUUUUUUCCUGAAGUUAGUGCACCCAUGAACUCAAGAAGGGAUUAUCACAGCAACAGAACUGCUCUUUUUUAUAGCAUUGAAGAAGGUGGGGUUCGAGCUUCAGCAUACUCAUCUCAUGAAAUUGAUGAGCAUGACAAUGAUCUUGCUAUGGAAGGGCUGCAAGAUAGAGUCAACAUUCUGAAGAGAUUGACAGGUGACAUACAUGGUGAGGUUGAGAGUCACAAUCGAAUGCUUGAUCGUAUGGGCAAUGAUAUGGAUUCAUCAAGGGGCAUCCUGUCUGGAACAAUGGAUCGCUUCAAGAUGGUUUUUGAGACGAAGUCGAGUCGUAGAAUGGCUACCCUGGUGGCAUCUUUUGUGGCCCUCUUCUUGCUCGUUUAUUUCUUGACCAAAUGGGUGGCACCUGAGUUGAGCGGUCAGUUGCUACCAGUCGGUCUCUUAAACUUGGUCAUCCAGCAGUGGUGCUUUAAUAAACCAUAAGAAAUGGUAAGGUGUCGAUUAUA